CGCCCGUCGACCCUUCCAGCCAUCUCCGCUGUGGCCGCUCAGCCUGCCCCGGAGCUGGGGGCUGGGGGCCGUUGGAAGCGUGAAGCUCGGCUCUCUUGAUUCAUUCAUUCCCUGCCGGAGCGAACCUCAGACCUGCUGUGCUCUCCAGAGAGGGGCCAGAGAGGACGGCGGCGAAUGAAGGGCCAGGCGCGAGCCGGGCUCCAUUGUGCUCGGCGGCGGGGGGCGGGAAGGGGCUGAGGGGGGUGGGAUCGGGCCCCCUCCCCCUGCUCCGCGGCGUGCGCUGCGCCCCCAGCCUGCUGCCAGCCUGGAAAUGGCUCCGUUUAUUCUCCUCUGGAGAAUGAGUCCAUCCUGCUCAGUCUUCUCUUCCUCCUCCCCACCUCGUCUCUGCUCUGAGUCUUAAGAGGGGGGGGGGAAACAAUAUUUUUAAAAAGACAAGAUUCCGAUGUGGAGUGCUGUGCACGUCGCGAGCUGCCGGAUUUGCACUUCCAGGGGAUUUUUCUAUACAUUCCCCCCACCCCCUAAAGUGAGCGUAGGGAAGCAUCGGCAUUACUGCUUUUAGGAUUUUUAUUUUCCCGUAGGGAUCGUUAAAGUGCACGUCGCGUUGGGUUGCACGCUCCACCCCCAGGGACUAGAGGGGAGAAAUUUGAACCCGUAGCCUUAGUAGCACCGAAGCGGCCGAGGUACCUGGCUCUCUCCCCGAGUGGCAGGGAAGACAUGAGCGGAAAAGACCAGCAAACUCAUUUUCUCUGGGACUCGGUGAAGUCGGAUUCGGCAGUUGACCGGCGUUUUCCUGCGUGUAGACUCAUUUUGUGGAAAAGAGUUGACCGCCGUCUCCUCCGCGCAGCAUUUGAACUCUUGACAAGCAAAUGCCACCUCGGUGUUGAACGUUUUGAUAUUUACAAGAAAGAAAAAAACAAAGCAACCCUUUUACUUGAGGAAAACUUUGAGCAUCCUUGAAAUACCUCCGGAAAAGGACCUCGGGGGUAGAAAAGCAACUGCGAAAUAGAGAAAUUCCUUUGAAGUUCGUUCUGUAGCAUAAAAGCAGAAACUUCAGAGCAAGUUUUCAUUGGGCAAAAUGGGGGAACAACCCAUCUUCAGCACUCGAGCUCAUGUCUUCCAGAUUGACCCAAACACAAAGAAGAACUGGGUACCCACCAGCAAGCACGCAGUUACUGUGUCUUAUUUUUAUGACAGCACAAGAAAUGUGUAUAGAAUAAUCAGUUUAGAUGGCUCAAAGGCAAUAAUAAACAGCACCAUCACUCCAAACAUGACAUUUACUAAAACAUCUCAGAAGUUUGGCCAGUGGGCCGAUAGCCGGGCAAACACUGUUUAUGGACUGGGAUUUUCCUCUGAACAUCAUCUUUCAAAAUUUGCAGAAAAGUUUCAGGAGUUUAAAGAAGCUGCUCGACUAGCAAAAGAAAAAUCACAAGAGAAGAUGGAACUUACCAGUACACCUUCACAGGAAUCAGCAGGAGGGGAUCUUCAGUCUCCUUUAACACCAGAAAGUAUCAAUGGGACAGAUGAUGAAAGAACACCUGAUGUGACACAGAACUCAGAGCCAAGGGCUGAACCAACUCAGAAUGCAUUGCCAUUUUCACAUAGUUCAGCCAUCAGCAAACAUUGGGAGGCUGAACUGGCUACCCUCAAAGGAAAUAAUGCCAAACUCACCGCAGCCCUGUUGGAGUCCACUGCCAAUGUGAAACAAUGGAAACAGCAGCUUGCUGCGUAUCAAGAGGAAGCAGAACGUCUGCACAAGCGAGUGACGGAGCUCGAGUGUGUUAGUAGUCAAGCAAAUGCAGUGCAUACCCAUAAGACAGAACUGAAUCAGACCAUACAAGAACUGGAAGAGACACUGAAAGUAAAGGAAGAGGAAAUAGAGAGAUUAAAACAAGAAAUUGAUAAUGCCAGAGAACUGCAAGAACAGAGGGACUCUUUGACACAGAAACUACAGGAAGUAGAAAUUCGGAACAAAGACCUGGAGGGACAACUGUCUGACUUAGAGCAACGUCUGGAGAAAAGUCAGAAUGAACAAGAAGCUUUCCGCAAUAAUCUGAAGACACUUUUAGAAAUUCUUGAUGGAAAGAUAUUUGAACUAACAGAAUUACGAGAUAACUUGGCCAAGUUACUUGAAUGCAGCUAAGGAAAGUAAAAUUUCAGUGCCAAUAGAUUAAAAAAUAACACUGUCUCUCUUCAUAGGACUGUUUGGGCUCUGCAUCAAGAUUGCACAAUUUUUUUUAAAAAAAAUAUGACUCCUCCAAGUGGAGGAGCUUUUGAGAAUUGGAAUUGUAUAUUUCAGUGUAAAAUUUAGAAUUCUGCUUGUAGCUAGUGAGGGGUGGGGGAAGAGAUGAGAAACUUGAACUACAAAUUACCUCCUUGUAUAUUAUUGGCCAUAGUUAACUAGAAAGUUAAAAAUAGACAUUUAAUGCAAUUUUUUUUCCUUUUUUUCUUCCCUGAUGUUAGUCAAUGGGAGAAUUAACAAUGUCUGGGUCACAUCCCCUGAUUGUGUUCAACACAGUGAAGGUUAUCUGCUUUUUAAAUUAAUUUAUUUAUGAUAUCUAGAGCUGUGUUUUGUGCAAAAAAAAAAACCAACUUAGUGAGGAAAGCCCUGUCUUUUGUUGUAAUCUGAAUAAUUUCUCAGGAUACUUUUGCACUGCUGAGAAGCAGUGCCAUUACCAAUUAAUUCUUGCCAGGAGUGAGAGAGAGCUGCAUCUUUAAUUGAAAUAUACUUACUCUAACUGUGUGGAUAGAGUUCUUCCCUUUUUUUAUACUGGAAGAAAUUUCACUCUGGUGACCACUCUGGUACACUCUGGUGUUCUCUAAUUGUGUCCACUGUAUAGUUUCCUUUUCCAUAUUGACUCCAUGUAUUUAUGAGAAGAUACUGUCUCUCAUUUUAUUAUACAUUUUAAAGCCAGCUAAUGAAGGCAGCUGAGUCCCUCGGAAAUUUUUCUUUUUAAAUUUCUAAUAAAUUUGACAUAGAACUGAACUACCGCAGCCCGUCCUGAAUGGCCAGGCCUAGCAAUGCUAAGUAUAUUUACAGAAUAUGCAGUUACAUUUCUUUAUAUAUUUUGCAAGAAAUCUUUUCUGAAUGAUCAAUGCAUUUCAAUUUAAGAAUAAUAAUGGUUAUUUGAGACUUGUUUCUUAUAGAUCAUUUUAAGGUGUAUAGCUAUUUUCAAAGGGAUCCAUUUCCAUCCAGCAGCCGAUCCAGAACUGUGUGUAAAUUGUGAUUUUGGCAGAUGGGGAUGGAGACAUGCACUCUGCCUGGGUCCUCACAUCAACCAUGUCUGUGUUCAAACCUCACAAGGCAAUAUUCUGAACUGUUAACUAGGCAUUUCAAACAGGAACUCAAUUCAAUAGGCUAUUCUCAGUGAACAUGUUUUAAUGUUGUUUUGAUGUAAUUUUAAAAGACUUUUCGCAAACAUGCAUUUCUUUAUAUACUAUAUUUCUUUUAAGGAGCUAUUUUAAAAGUAAGCCAAGUGCUGUGUAGUCUGCUAUGGAAUAGGAAUUGCAUCAGAGUCCAUAUAUUCUUGCUGUACAAUGCCUGUAAUGUUGAGGGAGGGUCUUUUUUAAAGUGUAUGCUUGAGUAUCUGACUCUAUGGAGUCUACAAAUGCACUGACUUUUUUUGUUUGUACCCCAAAAUGAUCGAAUUGUUAAGUAUAAAUUAAGCUAACUUAUCAAUUUGUAACCAUUUUUUUCACUCACAAACAGCUAUUCAAGACUAGACAAUUUUGUUUUAUAUGUAUGUGUAUGUACGUAAAUACAUACAUAUUAAUUUCUAUUAGAGUGAAAAAUAAAUGGUUUGUUUCUAAAGUUAGUUUCUAAAGUGAGUUUUCAGAUAUCUGAACAAUUUCUAUUAGACACUCAGUAAUCAUGUACUAUCUGUGUUGUAACAUCAUGGAAAUUACCUCCAUCUACUUUAAGAUACUUUUCUCACCGGUUUAUUAUAGGGAGAAUAGUUUAGGUACACAUGCUCAGAGCUGAGAGACUUCUCUGAUAAAUCAGGUCAUAAAAUGUAUUUGACUGAUGGGAUUUUGAAGGAGAUGUGAUUUUAUCCAUCAGUUUCUGAGUAAAAGAAUACCAAGUUUUACUUUAAAUAAGAGAUUUAACAUAGGGUCAGAAAAUUUCGUUAUAAAGAGUUAAAAAUUUAAAAACAUAAAAAACAGUAUAAGUUGUUGAAAUGGUAGGUGAAUUAUUUUAAUGAUAUAAUAAAAUAUUUUUAAAUUUU